GGCUAUUUUUAUCUCCCCUAGCUGAGUGAUUGGGGACAGCCGGUAAAGGGAAAGAUGCUUAUGGGUGCGGGACGAGACACGGCGCGGGAUGAGGCCCAGAAGCUUCACCGGAAAUGGCUGAAGCACCAGGCCUUCAUGACCGAGCUGGCCCGCAACAAAGAAUGGCUGGCCAAGAUAGAGCAGGAGGGUCAGGAACUGAUCGAUGAGAAGCCGGAGCUGCGUUCGGUGGUGCAGCAGAAGCUGGAGGAGAUCCGGGAGUGCUGGACGGACCUGGAGAGCACCACCAAGGCCAAGGCCCGGGCUCUGUUUGAGAACAACAAGCCAGAGCCGGUGGUGAAGAGCUACUCAGACCUGGACCACCAGCUCUCUGGCCUGGAGAAACAGCCCCCUCAGCUGGAGCAGGCUCACCAUCUGCCCACCUUCAAUGAGCAGCUGCAUAAAUUCCAGUCUCAGAUGGGGGACUUGUACAAGGACGUAGGGGAACUAGGGUCCCUCCAGGGGGUGUGCCUCCCCCAGCGAGGCAGCCUGGAGAAAGGCAGGGAAGGAGAAGGGGGCGAGCAGCCAGCUGUGGUGGAGACCCGCAUCGUGCGCCUCAUCGAGCCCCUGAAGGAGAGACGUCGCAUUCUGCUGGCCUCCAAGGAGAUGCAUCAGGUCGCCCAGGACCUGGAGGAAGAGAUACUGUGGAUCCAGGAGCGGCUUCCUCUGGCUUCCUCUAAGGAUUACGGCAACAACCUGCAGAGUGUUCAGCAGCAUGUCAAGAUCAACCAGACGCUGCAGAGGGAUCUGCAGGGUCGCCGGGCGCGGGUUGAGGAGGUGUUGGACCGGGCGGGGAUCAUCGCCUCUCUGCGGACCCCUGAGGUGGACUUUGUGCGCGAGGGGGCAGGGCACGUGCGUCAGCUUUGGGAGGUGCUGAGGCUAGAGGCGGAGAGGAGGACUGUGAUGCUGGAUGUGGUGCUGCAGGCCCAGCAGUAUUACAGCGAGGCGGCCAAAGUCGAGUCCUGGCUGGCAGGCCAGAAACUGCACCUCAUCAGCGAGGAGAAGGGUAUGGACGAAGCAAGCACCCUGCAGCUGCUGAAGGAGCACCUGGCCUUGGAGGCGAUGGUGGAGAACUACGCUGAGACAGUGGGCAUGCUCUCCCAGCAGUGUCAGAGGCAGCUGGAACUGGCACACCCAGACAGUGAGGGGAUCACCAAGCAGCAGUCCCACAUAGACCGUCUGUACGUGUCUCUGAAGGACAUGGUGGAGCACAGGAAGACCAAACUGGAGCAGCAGUAUUGGAUGUACCAGCUCAACAGAGAGGUGGAGGAGUUAGAAAAGUGGAUCACUGAGCGGGAGGCCGUUGCCAGCUCCACUGAGCUGGGCCAAGACCUGGAAGAUGUCACGAUGCUACAAGAAAAAUUCACCAAGUUCUGCUCAGAGACCAACAGCAUAGGCCAACAGAGGAUGGAGCAGGUGAAUAAGAUGGUGAACGAGAUGAUAGACUGCGGCCACACGGACGCGGCCACAAUCGCUGAGUGGAAGGAUGGACUGAACGAGUCAUGGGCCGACCUACUGGAGCUCAUGGAAACCCGAGGACAGAUGCUAACAGCAUCAUACCAGCUGCACAAGUUCUUCACCGACUGCAAAGAGGUCUUGGUUCAGAUUGCGGGGAAGAUGAGGCAACUACCAGAGGUGAGGGCGUGCCAAGCCAGCAUCGCCAACCCGGCCACGCUGCAGAGGCUCAUGCGCUCUUUUGAGCACGCCCUCCAGUUGCUUGUCUCACAGGUAAGGCAGCUGCAGGAGAACGCGGCCCAGCUGAGGGCCAUCUACGCCGGGGAAAAGGCAGAGGCCAUCAUGAGCAAGGAACAGGAAGUGAUGUCAGCAUGGAAGGAGUUGCUGGUUUCCUGUGAGGCCAGUCGCGUGCAGGUCACCUCGGUGACAGACAAGGUCCAGUUCUUCUCAGUGGUGCGUGAGCAUCUCAUGUGGAUGGAAGGCAUCAUGGGACAGAUUGGAGGGGACGACCCCAGUGUGUUUCCCUCCUGUCUGACUUGGUCCUAUGGGGUGGCUUCUGCCAGGGAUUCGUCCUCUGCGGACGUGAUGAUGAAACAACAUGGUGAGCUGAAAGCCAAGAUGGACGGCCGCAGUAAGACCCUACAACAGUGUGUUGAGCUGGGAAAGAUCCUGUUGGCCGCAGGCAACCCAGCAGCUGAGGAGAUAAAGGAUAAGUUGGACACACUCCUGGCUAAGCAGAAGGAUCUCUCUGAGAGAUGGGACAAACACCAGGAAAAGCUACAGCGCAAGAAGGAUCAGUUCCAGUAUGCCCAGGAGACGGUGACGGCGGAGGCCUGGCUGAAGGCCAAGGAGCCGCUAAUCAACUCUAGCGAGGCCCAGGCUCAGACUGACGAGGUGGAGCAGCUCAUCCUCCGCCACGAGGCCUUCCGUAAGGCUGCAGCUACCUGGAAGGAGCGCUUCAGCUCACUGAGACAGCUCUCCAACGCAGAGAAGCUGAGAGAAGAACAGAGCAGCAAGCCUGCCCCAACGCCACUCUCCAGUCGGAGGAUGUUCCCAUCAUCCUGCCUCACUCCGACCUUUCCCCUUGCUACCUCAACUCUGCUGAGGCAGACGGUCCAGCUGCAUAUUGAGCCCAGGCCCAAGCAGACUAGUCUGGGGAUGGCUGCCUCUGCCUCCACUGCAGCCCAGAGGUUGGGUUCUACCAUGGCCAGCUACACUCCUGUCAUGAAUGGCUCCAGUUACCAUGGACUGGACCAUCAGAGCAGCAGCGGGGGGUUGGAGAGUUCUAACUACCCUGGGCUAAACCAUCAGGCCUGUGGAGGUGUGGACAGCAGCUCCAGUUACCUUGGAGUGAACCAUCAGACUGCCCCCCCGCCAGUGGAUAGUUCUGGCUACCUUGGACUGAACCAUCAAAGCAGUGGGGGUAUGGUUAGUCCAGGCUACCUACCUCAAAAUCAAAGUAGUGGGGGUAUGGGUAGUCCAGGUUACCUGCCGCAAAAUCAAAGCAGUGGGGGUAUGGGUAGUCUAGGCUACCUGCCGCAAAAUCAAAGUAGUGGGGGUACGGGUAGUCAAGGCUACCUACCGCAAAAUCAAAGUAUUGGGGGUAUAGUUAGUCCAGGCUACCUUGCGCAAAAUCAACACAGUGGUGGUAUGGGUAGCUCAGGCUACCUUGCACAAAAUCUAAGUAGUGGGAGUAUGGGUAGUUCAGGCUACUUGGCUCAAAACCAUCAAAGCAGUGGUGGUAUGGGUAGUUCAGGCUACCUGGCUCAAAACCAUCAAAGCAGUGGUGGUAUGGGUAGUUCAGGCUACCUGGCUCAAAACCAAGGUAGUGGGGUUAUGGGUAGUUCAGGCUUCCUUGCGCAAAACCAAUGUAGUGGAAUUAUGGGUAGUUCAGGGUACCUUGCGCAAAAUCAAAAUAGUGGUGGUAUGGGUAGCUCAGGCUACCUUGCACAAAAUCUAAGUAGUGGGGGUAUGGGUAGUUCAGGCUACAUUGCACAAAACCAAGGUAGUGGGUGUAUGGGUAGUUCAGGGUACCUUGCGCAAAUCCAAGGUAGUGGAGGUAUGGGUAGUUCUAGCUAUCUGCCUCAAAGUGGUGGGGUCAUGGACCCCAAAAUGGCAUAUGCGUGGCAGCAUCUGAAAGCCGACUGCAUGCAGCCCAGGAUCAACCAUAUCCACAAGGCUGUCAACCCCCUCCUGGAGGCCAGCAGGGCGCAGAGGGAACAGUUUGGGGACAUCCCCAUGGUAGACAUGAUCGGACCAGAGUCCGGCCUGGAGCUCCUCCAUGGCAGGCUUCAAAGGGACCCCCGCGGCAGCCGCUCCGACCCCCAGAUGGACCACCUGCGGCGGGAGAGGGAGUACAAGCUGGGCCGCCAGACCUCCAGCGAACAGGAGAUCCAGGCGCGGCUCAACGAGCUGCCAAUGAUCGUGCGUCAGGAGCGCUAUAGGCGACGCCUGGAGAGGCAGUCGUCCAGCGAGCAGGAGGGCAGUGGGAAGGCGAGGACACCAAGGCAGGACGACUCCAGCGACAUGGAGUCAGCCAAGGAAGGCUCUGACAAACGCUCAACAGAGAAGAGAGCCACCACCAUGGCUGAGAUUGUGGAGCAGGCCCAGGAGAGAGAGGCAGCACAAGCCAGAGGGGAGACAUACCGCCCCACCAGCAGCCUCUCAGCACCCGUGACCUACGAGCGCCCGCGCGCCCGAGACCGCCCCAAACCCCGCAGGAGACCCCGCCCCAAAGAGCUUGAGGAGAAGCGGCGCUCUCGCUCCGCUCCAGCCCAGAGUCCGGCGCAACUCUUGCCGCCCUCACACACUGCCCAUAACGAAGGCUUCCUGUACCGCAAACACGACUUUGAGGGCCAGCAAAAGAGUCCCAGCAGUAAGUCGUGGGUGAACUUGUAUUGCGUGUUGUCAAAAGGAGAGAUCAUUUUCUACAAGGACGCCAAGAGCAUCACCACACCUUACAAUGAAGAAACCCCACUCGACCUGAGCGUCUGUAUAUGUGAUAGCACCAUGGGAUACAAGAAGAAGAAAAAUGUCUUCGUUAUCAAGAAAAAUGAUGGCAAUGACUAUAUUUUCCAUGCAAAGGAUGAGGAGGACCUGAAGGCUUGGGUCACUAACAUCACCACCAGUAUAAGUGAACACGAGGAGAUCGCCAAGUGGGACAAACCCACGACCUCGUCCACAGAUCCCGACCGCUCGGAGAGGAAAGAGAAGUCAGAGGGGGAUGCAGAUGCCAGGUCAGAGAGAUCUGAGAUGGGAGGAGAAGAGGAGGAAGAGAGGUCUGAGAAGGGAGAGGGGUCCGAGAAGACAGGCGAGGGCUCCGAGAAGGCAGACACGUCGGAGAGGGGUGAGAUGGCAGAGGGAGGGGCAGGGGGCUCCAGCACGUCAGGGAAGAGCAAAUGAUCCCCGCUAAGUGGAGGAGUGGACUGCAUCCAACCAUCUGCCCGCUCCAUCCUAACAUUACCCUAAGACACCAGACGGUGGUGAGCAAGCGAGACGGAGGGAGAGUGUGUGCAUUUUUGUGCAUAUCUUCUCUCUCUUUCUCUCUCUCUAUAUAUAUCUCUCUGUCUCUCUCUCUCCCUGUGACAUCCUGAGGCUUGUGUCCUUGGACUACCUAAUGUUAACUGUGACAGACUGAUCUUUCAGCCCCUAUCCCAGGCAAAAUACAUCAAUGCUUGUAUUGCAUUUUGGCCCUUGCUGGUAGGUUGGAGGAUGGUGGAGAUGAACCAGCGCCACCGUGUGGUCACAGGCAUUCAUCACAGUCACAACUCAUUGAUAAUUUAUCUCUUGGAUUCACAGCAUCUCUCAGUAUAUAUAUAUAUAUAUAAUAUACCUAUGACUGACUAUGUAAUGCUCUAGAAAAACCCAAGCAAUGGUGAAUGAAAUGUCUCACAAUAUUUUGAAAACGCUUUUUUUCUGAAGCAAUAUACUUUUUUAUUUCUUCUCUAUGUUUGAGAGAGAGGGAAAGGAGACAAGAAACAGUUACUUAUUGUUAAUUGUAUGAUUGGUCACAUUCAUCAUCAGCUUGUUUCCAGCAGGUCAGCAGCACCUUAAACACUUUCAACACAUCUGUGUAUACUCAGCAUAUUGACAUUUCAAACUCACCUCAUCUCUAUAUCUGAGUCAUGCUGUCAUGAUGGAAUGCUGUGUGUGUUAAUAAUGGAAUUGAUCAACACACAUGUUUCUCUUCUGAACGUUUGGAUUAAUCGUGCACAGGCCCAUGGCAUGCCAGGAAUAAAGGUGAACUAGAGUUGCCAACGUAAGCAAAACUCAAUCACCCCCAAGAGUCUAUUUGAGGAGGCCAAACUUAACCCACUUGUAGUGCCAGGCCUGUGUCUACAUCUCACUUAUUAAAUCUAACCAUCCAUGGCAUGACAUUGUAUAGUGCACCUUUUACUUUAAUGAAAAGUAAUGUUCUUCAUGGUCUUGAAGUUGACCAGUUCUGAAAUGAAUUUGGCUGUGCAAUAAUUUAAUCUAAAGGAAAGUACUGUGUAUAAUGCUAACAUCGUGGUAUAAUUCUGGAAUACUGAAGAACGUUCUAAAGGCUUCUCUUCAGGGAUCUUAAACUCUCCCCACAUGAAGUAUGGUGAUAGGAAGAUAUGUUUUAAUGACAGAGCAGAGAAAGUUCCCCACAUUACAAGCCCAAGUCAGACAUCCUUCAUGCUUCUUUCGAGUUCUAUUUGAUCUGAGACAAGAAGCAGUAUAACCUCAUUGCUGUUUUUAUUAUAUUACUGCAAUAUAUUUCAUAAGGAUUGUAAUUGUUGCACUAGUGAAAAUACAAUAGUAACAUCAAUAUUAGAUGAACCUCAGAGUAUAUUAUUAACUACUUCUCCCUCCCUGUUUUCUUUCACUCUGAGUUGAAACCAAUAGAAAACAAUUGUCAGUCAGAGGGGAUUUAUCUAGUCAUGAAAUUGUACAUAAGCUACAUGGCCAAAGGUAUGUGGACAAAGGCUCCUGAGUGGUGCAGUGGUCUAAGGCACUGCAUCUCAGUGCUAGAAGCGUCACUACAGACCCUGGUUCAAUUCCAGGCUGUAUUACAACUGGCAGUAAUUGGGAGUCCCAUAGAGCGGCGCACAAUUGGUCCAGCGUUGUCCGGGUUAGGGUUUGGCUGGGGUAGGCCAUCAUUAUAAAUAAGAAUUUGUUCUUGACUGACUUGCCAAGUUAAAUAAAAGGUUAAAUAAAUAAAACUGCUCGUUGAACAUCUCAUUCCAAAAUCAUGGGCAUUAAUACGAAGUUGGUCCCCUUUUUGCUGCUAUAACAGCCUCCACGCUUCUGAGAAGGCUUUUUUUGAGGUCAGGGCUCUCUCUGUGCAGGCCAGUCAUGUUCUUCCACAAUGAUCUUAACUAACCAUUUCUGUAUGGACCUUGUUUUGUGCACGGGGGCAUUAUCAUGCUGAAACAGGAAAGGGCCUUCCCCAAACUAUUGCCACAAAGUUGGAAGCCCAGACUUGUCUACAAUGUCAUUGUAUGCUGUAGCAUUAAGAUUUCCCUUCACUAGAACGAAAGGGCCUAGCAUGAACCGUGAAAAACAGCCCCAGACCAUUAUUCUUCCUCCACCAAACUUUACAGUUGGCAAUAUGCAUUGGGGCAGGUAGCGUUCUCCUGGCAUCCGCCAAACCCCAAUUUGUACGUCGGACUGCCAGAUGGUGAAGCGAGUCCAAUGGCGGCGAACUUUACACCACUCCAGCCGACGCUUUGUAUUGCGCAUGGUGAUCUUAGACUUGUGUGCGACUCCUCCGCCAUGGAAACCCAUUUAAUGAAGUUUAAUGAAGUUAUUUAAUUUAAUGAAGUCGCUCUGGAUAAGAGCGUCUGCUAAAUGACUUAAAUGUAAAUGUAAGUUAUUGUGCUGACUGCAUCCAGAGGCAGUUUGGAACUCGGUAACGGACAGACGAUUUUUACGCACUACGCGCUUCAGCAUUCGACAGUCCCAUUCUGUGAGCUUGUGUAGCCUACCACUUCGCGGCUGAGCCAUUGUUGCUCCUAGACGUUUCCAAUUCACAAUAACAGCCCUCACAGUUUACCGGGGCAGCUCUAGCAGGGCAAAAAUGAGACAAACUGACUUGUUGGAAAGGUGGCAUCCUAUGAUGGUGCCACCUUGAAAGUCACUGAGCUCUUCAGCAUGGGCCAUUCUACUGCCAAUGUUUGUCUAUGGAGAUUGCAUAGCGGUGUGCUGGAUUUUAUACACCUGUCAGCAACAGGUGUUGCUGAAAUAGCCGGAUCCCCUAAUUAUCAAGGGGUGUCCACAUACUUUUGGACAUGUAGUGUAUCUUUGAAUGUUUACGAAUAAAUUCUAUACUCUAAUUAACGGAGUUCUAUGUACUGAAGUGGGUUAAGGUUAAAACAUUUCUCUUAACUCCACACAAAUGAAAUGGGGAAAACUCAUCAGUCAAUUACGAUAUUACUGUUUAUUCCAUUUAAAUGAAAAUAUGCAGAUUAGGAGUCAUCUUUCAAAGGAUAUAUACACCAAUAUCUAGUUACAUUUGACACUUUACAAGGGAAAAGAGUGCUGGACAGGUACAUUUGUUGUGUAUUUAUAAAUGUGCGUAUUUCAAUGAACUGAUCAUACGGACUUGAUACAGACAGUUUUUUCUAUUAGUAGCUGAAUCCAGUCAGGCAAGUGAAAUAUUAUAAGAACAGUCCUGUUGCGAGGGAUAAGUCUACAGACCAUUUACUUGAACGGGUUAAAUGGCUUGAAUGAUAACAAAGAACUUGGUAGACUAAAUGCUACUGUAGUUUAUUUGUUAACUCUGGAGCUGAUCAGUCUGGUAUCCAGGCUACACACGUUUUAGCUGUGACUCUUGGGUUGUGACUUCAAAGCUAAAUACAACCAUACAUCCCACUAUUUCUUUUUUUGCUUAAGCCUCGGUCAUAUUGGAUGAUUAAUUAUAAACAUAUUGACAAGAACAUUCAUAAACACAAAGAAAAUGUAAGGUUAGUUAGUACUGUACAACUCAUAAACUUCAACAGCCAGCAUAGUUUGACAUUUGGUCGACUGUGUUUAUUUUUUAUGUCACUCUGAACUUCCAAGUUUCAAAUGGGCCACUUUUUACAGAUAUGUUUUAUCUGAUUCCCAAAUGCCCCAUAUCAUGGACCUGCCAAAUCAAACAUUACUGCUUAAACUGGUUUGUGUGUAAUGUAGUGUUAGUUAUAACCAAAUAUAUAAAACAAAUAUAAAAAAUACAACCUUAUCAAGCCUUAUCCCCAAAACAAUGGAAACCAGUAUUUUGAAAGUGAAUUAAUUUAACAAAAGACACAAUACAGACUGUUCCAUUUGACUCAGGAUGCAAAUACUGGCACUUAUUGACUUUGGCAUUAAAGUGUUAUGACACACGCAACAGUCAGGACUCUAACUGCAGCUUGUUGAUUAGACGCAGUUAACUUAUUGGUAACACUUGAAAAUGUCACAAUAUAUGUGUUAUGUCCUCUGUCACAACGUGGGAAAGAAACUUUUGCGAAACUGUCAAUUACAGUAUAACAACAAACGGUCUAUUGUAGGUGGUUAUUAUAGGUACCACACCAUUCUAUAUUACAGGCUUUAAAAACUAAUGGUACCUAAAAUUGUCAUCUAUUUGUAGGCCUAUAGCCAGUUGUUUUUAGUGUAACCUACCCCUCCGGAAUUGAGCCUUUCAUUGCAAUACAUAUUAGUUAGUUAAACACUAGUAGCUGUUUCUUUUAUUCUCCUCUGUGGAAGGAAAGAGAGGCUCUACUUUGCACAUGAUGUAUAGUUCCUCCAAUAUAAUUAUAAUGAUAAUUAUAUGGUUGUAAUUCUAUUCAUUCCAAUUCUAUGGUUCCUCCAUCUACAUUCUUAUCAGAGAAAUCCCCAUUGUCUUAGCACAUCGAUUCCGCCUGCACUGAUGAGCGUUGCGUUUGGAGUGACACGAUCUGACGUUAGACAAUGAGAAAUCCUGUCACUUCAUGAAUAAAACAGGUUAAUGAUACUACAGUACCUACCAAACAAACAAAAAUACUACAAAACCUACUAAACCCACAGAAACAAAGCUCUUGACCUCAUUGCUGGUGAGAAGUGUUUUUGUGAUUUUGUGUGUUUGUGUUUUUCUUGUCUCAGAUACAGUGUACCUUAAUGAUACCUAUACUUUGCUGCUAUGACAUUUUCUCUAUGUAAACCUCCUUACUUGCUGAUGCAAAAUUGACAUGAACAUUGAUGUAUGCUUGACACAGAGGUGUUAAACCAAGAUUUUUUCUAAAAGUCAACAUCAACCAUCCUCCACAGAUCACUAGACACAUGAUGCAUUCUAUAUAGUAGUGGGAGUGAUUAAGAAAUUCCUGACGUUGCAGCCAUUCACAGUGUAUAAAAAUCUAAGUCAAUUUACUUGAUUGACUAGAGAAAGUUAAGAGAUUCCUGUGUAAGGGAUUAAACUCAGUAUAAAUAAAUAAAUAAAUAAAAGAGAGUACAAUUUUUGAGAUAUGCUUUCAUAAAGGUCCAUUAUCAUGAUUUUGAGGGGGUAUACAUACUGUCAUUAUAAUACCUCAUGACAUAAUCACCAAUUAGCAUAGGAAAACAUUUAUUAGAAUUCAUGGACUUAAUCCAUAUGACCAGCUAUGAGCUCCAUGCUCCAAUCUCCACUUCUUAAUGCCUUUGUGCAUUUAACACAUGGAGCAAAAUGUCAUGUGUCAUGAUGAUACACUUAUAUAGGCAUAAUGACACAGUUAUGCAUACACUUUCAACUAAAGUAUUCCCUGUAUUUAACUAAGUCAUUUGAUUUAUUUUUUGUAAGAUGAAAAAUGCUGUCAGUGUCUUCCACACCUUGUAGUAUUCAUAAUGCCAUCUGGGGAUAGUAACAGAACCACAUAGCUCUGAUAACCUAAGUGAUUAAGUCAGUGAUGGAUGUCAACUGAAGGGCUGGUCUUUAAAAAUAAAAAAAAGUUUUCUGUUUAGAGUUAAUAACGCUUCAGAUCAUUAAGCUUGAAAUCUUUGCUUGGUACAAAAUAAAAAUGUUUUAGCCCUCUAAUAGCAGAUCAGUGAAAGGCUGAAACGCAGCAGUGCUACCCGCAGUUUUCAAGAUGUGCAAGUGGAAACAUGAAUAAUUGAUGAUGUGGAAGAAGAAAUGUCAUGCAACUUUUGUUUUGCACUAAAGCACUGCCCCAUUGCACAGUGUAAAAUGCUAGUGGUGACGCAGGGUCUAUAAGAAAUAUACAUGUAUACAGUAUUGCACAAAGUCUGCACAACUCAAUGUAAGUAUUUUAAGAAUGUACAUUUUAAUUCUGAUUUGUUUAUUAAAUAGACUGGAGUAACAUCUGCCAAUAUCUGUCUGUUGAAAUAUGAAACAUAUUGUCUCAUAAACUCUGUUCAUCCCUUAA